GUGUGAGUUGUUUACGGAACAUGUUGGACAGGAAGUUGCGUGAUUUUCGCGGGAGCAGUUAAAGAUGGAGACGCGCAGACUGAAGCAGAAAGUGAGCGCGGGAUUUAAAAUGCGCGGAUUAAUAUUGCGACCUGAGUCCAGCAGGUAUCUGCUGCAGGUUCUGGAGUCUGUCAGUGAAGCGGAUCUGGAUGAAGUUCUGGAGCGAAUCUUAGAUGCUGUUGAAAAACAACCGCUGUCGUCCAGUAUGAUCGAGCUGUCUGUCGCAGAGACAGCUGUUCAGGACUGCAGUCAGUCAUGUGAUGAGACCAUUGACAAUGUUUUCAACAUUAUUGGAGCGUUUGAUGUUCCUCGAUUCAUCUAUAGCACAGAGAGAAAGAAAUUUGUACCUAUCAACAUGACGAAUCAUCCGCCUCCUAAACUGUGUGCUCAAUCGAGAGAUAAAGCCGAACUCUUCAGAGAACGACACACAAUCUUACAGCAGCGGACACACAGACAUGAACUUUUCACCCCUCCUGUGAUUGGAUCAGCUCCAGAUGAAGGGAGAAACAAAUUCCAGCUGAAGACAGUUGAAGCUCUUUUGGGCAGCACAGCUAAACUGGGUGAAGUGAUUGUGCUCGGGAUGAUCACACAGCUUAAAGAGGGUAAGUUCUUCCUGGAGGAUCCGAGUGGCACAGUUCAGCUGAAUCUAUCAAAGGCACAGUUCCACAGUGGUCUGUACACGGAGUCGUGUUUCGUCCUCGCUGAGGGAUGGUACGAGGACUCUGUGUUUCAUGUGAACGCUUUCGGGUUUCCACCUACAGAACCGUCCUCUUUUACCAGGGCUUAUUAUGGCAACAUAAACUUCUUCGGUGGGCCGUCCACCACUGCGGUCAAAGCAUCAGCCAAACUAAAGCAGCUGGAGGAAGAGAAUGAAGAUGCCAUGUUUGUUAUCGUGUCAGACGUGUGGUUGGACAGUGUGGAGGUCCUAGAGAAGAUUCACACCAUGUUCUCAGGUUACUCUGCGAUGCCUCCCACCUGCUUCAUAUUCUCUGGGAGUUUUUCUUCUGCUCCCUACGGCAAAAACCAGAUAAAAACACUCAAAGAGUCGUUUAAAGCACUUGCUGAUCUCAUUUGUGAAUAUCCCAGCAUUCACAACAGCAGUCGUUUUGUGUUUGUUCCUGGUCCAGAAGACCCCGGGCCCGGUAAUGUCCUACCCAGACCUCCUUUAGCUGAACACAUCACAGAAGAAUUUAGACAGCGAGUGCCGUUUUCUGUGUUCACCACCAACCCCUGCAGAAUACAGUACUGCAGUCAAGAGAUGGUGGUGAUUCGAGAAGAUCUCGUCAAUAAGAUGUGCCGAAACUGUGUACGACUUCCCAGCAACAACCUGGACAUCCCAUCCCAUUUUGUAAAGACAAUCUUGUCACAAGGUCACCUGACGCCACUCCCGCUCUAUGUGUGUCCUGUGUACUGGGCGUAUGACUACGCCUUAAGAGUGUAUCCUGUGCCUGAUGUCAUCGUCUUCGCUGACAAAUAUGAUCCAUUCAACAUCAGCAACACAGACUGUCUGUGCAUCAACCCGGGCUCUUUUCCAAGAAGUGGAUUUACCUUUAAAGUGUACUAUCCCUCCAACAGAACAGUUGAGGACAGCAAAUUGCAAGGGCUUUAAAGUUGAAGAGACCGGCAUGGAUGCUAUGUGUUUUAUUUGUUUUGUUUUUUACUUAAAUUUUCUCUUUCAAAUGUUUAUUCCUUUAAAAAAUAAUGUUCUUAUUGUAGCUACAAAAUAGUGGUUUUGCUGAGUGCCAGAUUUGUGGCGGUAUUGCAUUUUUAAAUAAAAUAAAUAUUGAAAAUGAGUGUUAUUUUGCUGCUUUCUGCAGUACACUAAUGCAGCAUAACUACAUUUUGACUACUAGAAGUUCGGUGUAUGGCUGGUUAAACAGAUUAAAAGGCACAUAAAAGGGUUCAUGACACAAGGACGUGAUAAAACUUUCCAUUUGACGUAUAAGAGACAAAUAAUUUUAAUAUGAGAACAUAUUGUAUGUUUUAGAACACAAACUCACAUCUUUCUCACAGCUUUCUGAAAAUUCAGAACAGGAAACAAAAUCUUACACAACAUAUCUUUAUCUAAAAUAUACAUUCACUGAGCACUUUAUUAGAAACACAGUACUAAUGGGUAUAGUGGUACUAAUGGGUCUGGGUAGGGCCUCCCUUUGCUCUCAAAACAGCCUCAAUUCUUUGUGGCAUGUAUUUCACAAUAUGUUGGAAACAUUCAUUAGAGAUUCUGGUCCAUGUUGACAAUAUUGCAUCACGCAAAUUCUGCAGAUUUGUUAGCUGCACAUUCAUGCUGCGAAUCACCCGUUCUACCACAUCCCAAAGGUGUUCUAUUGGAUUCAGAUCCGGUGACUGGGAAGGCCACUGAAGAACAAUGAACUCCUUGUUAUGUUCAUGAAACCAGUUUGAGAUGACUUUUGCUUUGUGACAUGGUGCAUUAUCAUGCUGGAAAUAGCCAUUAGAAGAUGAGUAAAUUGUGGCCAUGAAGGGAUGCACAUGGUCAGCAACAACACUCAAAUAGGCUGUGGCAUUCAAGCGAUGCUUGAUUGGUAUUAACAGGCCCAAAGUGUGCCAAGAACGCAUGCCUCACACCAUUACACCACCGCCACCAGCCUGGACUGUUGACUGUUGGAUUCAUGCUGUUGCUGCCAAAUUCUGACCCUACCAUCUGUGUACCUCAGCUGAAAUUAAGAUUCAUCAGAUCAGGCUACGCUUUUCCAGUCUUCAACUUUCCAGUUUUGGUGAGCCUGUGCCCACUGCAGCCUCAGUUUUCUGUUCUUGGCUGACAGAAGUGGAACCCAACGUGGUCUUCUGCAGUUGUAGUCCAUCCGCCUCGAGGUUCGACAUGUUGUGCAUUCUGAGAUGCUAUUCUGCCCACUACAAUUGUACAGAGCGGUUAUUGGAGUUAACAUAGCCUUUCUUUCAGCUUGAACCAGUCUGGCCAUUCUCCGUUGACCUCUCUCAUCAACAAGACGUUUUCAUCCACAGAACUGCCACUCGCUGGAUAUUUUUUGUUUUUCGCACCAUUAUCUUUACAUUCUAGAGACUGUUGUGCGUGAAAAUCCCAGGAGAUCAGCAGUUACACAAAUACUCAAACCAACCCUGUUUGAAAUCACUGAGAUCACAUUUUUCCCCAUUCUGACGAUUGAUGUGAUCCGUAUCUGCUCCUGACCCGUAUCUGCAUGAUUUUAUGCACUGCACUGCCGCCACACGAUUGGCUGAUUAGAUAAUUGCAUGAAUAAGUAGAUGUACAGGUGUUCCUAAUAAAGUGCUAAUUGAUUACAUAUUAUGUGCCAUUUAAUGGCUUUCGAGAAAAAUGUAACUGACACACAUAACAGAAAAACAAAAACUAUAAGGCAGGAAAAGUUUAAAAAGUAACAAAAAUAUGCAAUCAUUUUUUUGGCCAAAUGAAAUUCUGAUUAAUGAAUUGUAUAAAAUGACAACAGAUAAAACUGAUCUGACAACCUGACCUUAUGAAAAAUAUAUUUUAAGAAUACAAUUCAAUCUUUCAGUCGGUAUUUGCCUUCAUUAUGUAGAUGAUUCUAGAAAAGCCCCCACACAUUUGUGUAAUUAGACUUUCAACUCAAAACCUUCUAGUUCCAGAGAUAAUGUCACUGAAAAAAGCAGCAGUACAUGUUACAUCAUCCCAUUUCAUAGGCAGAGGGUGAACGAACUGCGGGGUAAGGUUACCCCCUAAAAUGCAAACGAUUUUUCAAACUUCAAGAAACGUUCACGCUACAUAAAAAAACUCCAGAAUUUAUUUUUAUUAUUGUUAUUUACAUAAACGCUAUUACUCAUAUUGAUUAUUAUUUUAACGAAGGCAAGAGCAAGCAUAUUCCUGAUUUGAUUUGUUAAAUCGGCAUUACUGCAAACUUGAAUCAUAAGUAAUAAGCUGUCUUUCUUACCGCAGUAAAAUGAAAUUGAAACGAACCACUUAGACCUGCAUAUUUAGCUU